AUGUUUGCCUUCCUUUCCGUGGGCCUUCUUUGCUCUGCUGUGUUGAGUGCUGCUGCUCCCCAGGGCCUCUAUGCCAGACAGUCACAAGCCUUCGUGUUGGAAGAUGUCGCUUCAUCUCUGCUCGACAAUGAGUACUCCAUCGACUUCACCUUCAUGGAUCCCAAUACCGGAACCGAAACGUCCUGCCAGACUUCAUGGUCCUCGAGCAGUCCCGCCCCCAGCGAUGUCAUUUUCUGCAGCGACACCUCAUUCAAUUUCCAGCUGAACCCAUUCAUUGACACCAACAACUUCACUCUUUAUGUCUCUCACUCCACCGACAGCCUUUAUGGCUUCACGUAUCUGUAUGGCAGUGCCCCAUGGGAGCCGUCUAGUGGGCCCCUUGACUGUGUCGUCCCGGAACCUGGUGAGAGUGUAUGUCAGGCUACAUCGGUUUCGGUCCCGAUUUUCUAG